CCCGUGAGAUCCGAUUGGCCGCGGCUUCGGGAACAGGAAGUUCUCGCGAGAUUUGUCUGUGGUAGAAAGUGAGUCUGUGGGAUCCAUGGCGGCUGCAGUUAUGUUGAGUGUUGACUCCAUCAAGCUGGAGAAUGGACAGAGCACCUCAGCAAAACUGGGACUCCCACCCCUCACACUGGAGCAGCAAGAGGCGCUGCAGAAGGCCAAGAAGUAUGCGAUGGAGCAGAGCAUCAAGAGUGUUCUGGUGAAACAAACAAUUGCACAUCAACACCAACAGCUCACCAACCUACAGAUGGCAGCAGUGACUAUGAGCUUUGGAGAUCCUCUCUCACCUUUACAAUCGAUGGCGGCGCAGAGGCAGCGUGCCCUGGCCAUUAUGUGCCGCGUCUACGUGGGCUCCAUCUAUUACGAGCUGGGGGAGGACACCAUCCGGCAGGCCUUCGCUCCAUUUGGGCCCAUAAAGAGCAUAGACAUGUCCUGGGACUCGGUCACAAUGAAGCACAAGGGAUUCGCCUUCGUGGAGUAUGAAGUGCCAGAAGCGGCCCAGUUGGCGCUGGAGCAGAUGAACUCUGUGAUGUUGGGUGGCAGGAACAUAAAGGUGGGCCGACCCAGUAACAUCGGGCAGGCUCAGCCCAUUAUAGACCAGCUGGCGGAGGAGGCGCGUUCCUUCAACCGGAUCUACGUGGCCUCCGUGCACCAGGACCUGUCCGACGAGGACAUCAAGAGCGUGUUUGAGGCAUUCGGGAAGAUUAAGUCCUGCAUGUUGGCUCGUGAUCCCACCACCGGCAAACACAAGGGCUACGGCUUUAUAGAGUAUGAGAAGGGCCAGUCCUCGCAGGAUGCCGUCUCCUCUAUGAACCUCUUUGAUCUGGGUGGUCAGUACCUUCGAGUUGGAAAGGCCGUCACACCCCCAAUGCCCCUGCUCACACCCGCCACACCUGGUGGGCUGCCCCCCGCAGCGGCCGUAGCUGCAGCAGCUGCGACUGCUAAAAUUACAGCACAGGAAGCUGUAGCAGGAGCUGCCGUCCUCGGAACCCUUGCCAGCCCUGGCCUGGUAACGCCUGCACUGACACUCGCACAGCCCCUGGGGGCACUACCUCAGGCUGUUAUGGCUGCACAGGCCCCUGGGGUUAUUACAGGUGUGACCCCAGUGCGCCCACCCUUGCCAGUUACCAUUCCCCCAGUUGGGCUAGUGAACCCUCUGCUUUCCAGUCCCCCAACGUUAGCCCAGCUAGAGGUGAAGAAGGAGAAGGAAGAAGAGGAAAUUCUGCCCGAGUCGGAGAGGCCAGAAAUGCUCAGUGAGCAGGAACAUAUGAGCAUAUCGGGGAGCAGCGCCCGACACAUGGUCAUGCAGAAACUCAUGCGCAAACAGGAGAGUACUGUCAUGGUCCUGCGCAACAUGGUGGAUCCCCGUGAUAUCGAUGAUGACCUGGAAGGGGAGGUAACGGAGGAGUGCGGCAAAUUUGGCGCGGUGAAUCGAGUGAUCAUUUACCAGGAGAAGCAGGGGGAGGAGGAAGACGCCGAGAUCAUCGUUAAGAUCUUUGUGGAGUUCUCCAUGUCCAGCGAGACGCAGAAAGCCAUCCAGGCGCUGAAUGGACGCUGGUUCGCUGGGCGCAAAGUGGUCGCCGAGGUUUACGACCAGGAGCGAUUUGAUAAUAGCGACCUGUCUGCGUGAUUGGACUCUUCUACAUGCCCCGCCCCCCGUACUGUGCUCCUUUUAUAAUUAUUUGUGCCGUCGUGUCUCUCCCGGAGUCGAAGCUGAGAAAUAAAGCUUUUUGGGUUUUUUUC